ACAUGCUCUCCGGAUCUUCGGACGUGUCCAGACUUUGUGUGCGACCGAAUGGAGCAGGAUCAUCCUGAGUUGUGUCCACAAGACUGCGCUUACGAAAUCCUUGGACUAGCGAGAAUGAAUGAAGACCACACACCUGCGCGAGGCGUGGGGGCGGCGGCUGGACCAUGUCACUGCGGGACGCCACGGAGCUGUACAUGUGGACCGGGCAUAAUGGGUGAAGCAAGUAUUCCGUCCAUCAAAACAUCAGCAGGAGCGAAACAGGAGCCGACAAGAACACCAGAUAAUGUCAUCUACAAAGAUACGACAAGUAAUCAGAAGUCUAAAGAAGAAAGAAAACAGAGAGUAUCGACGUGCGCAUUCGGCUGUCAGUUGGCCAUCGGGCUCGGGCUGACUGUUGCCCUAUCGGUGACCGUAGCCGGCAUCCUUUUGUCCCGGAGGUUCAACAAGGCUCCGCCGCGGGACGUCCAGGAGGACGACGAUUCUCCAACCUUCGCCGUGCCGUCCAUGUACGUCAACAGUACCUACAGAUACAGGCGGCCCUCUCUCUGGGACCCGCUGUUUCCCGACACAGUCGUCGCCAGUGGGGGGUACUACCCUCUGUCUUGGGUCGAUGCCAAGUGGGAAAUACCUCGUGAGAACAUCGUUCUAGGAGAGACCAUUGGAGAGGGCGAGUUCGGCAAGGUUGUGAAGGCACAGGCCACCAACGUCGCCAACGUCAAGGGCGUGUCCUCUGUGGCAGUCAAGAUGUUAAAAGAUUAUGCCUCUGCCUCCGAGAUGCGCGAUCUCAUCUCAGAACUGGAACUCCUGGCACAAGUGUCUCAUCCGAACGUCAUCAAGCUCAUCGGGGCCUGCACGGAAAAUGGCCCGGUCUACGUCAUUGUGGAGUACGCGAAACACGGCUGCCUGAGGGACUUUCUCCGGAGUAAAAGGAAGGAUGCCGUACUUUUCCUGGAUGACAACUACCCGAACUCGAACAGCGACGAGGAGAGUCUGAUGCCGAAGGACCUGCUGUCCUUCUCCUGGCAGAUCACCAAGGGGAUGCAGUACCUGGCGGAGAUGAAGUUGGUGCACCGGGACCUGGCCACUCGUAACGUCCUGGUCACGGACAGGUACGUCAUGAAGAUAUCAGACUUUGGGCUGACCAGAGAUGUGUACGAGGAAGACGCGUACAUGAAGAAAAGCAAGGGCCGUGUACCCGUAAAAUGGCUGGCUAUCGAGUCCCUGUUUGACAAUAUCUACACCACCAAAAGUGAUGUGUGGGCGUUUGGAGUGCUCCUGUGGGAAAUCGUCACUUUGGGCGCUACUCCGUACCCCGGCAUCCCGCCUGAGCGUGUGUGUGAGCUGUUGAAAACCGGCUUCAGGAUGCUCCGCCCGACUGGCUGCUCCGAGGAGCUGUGA